AUGGAUGUAGAUGGAGGGGGCAACAAACGGGUCUUCCACAGAUUAGGCGGCCCCCAAUCCGACCCAUCCAAGAACCAGAAGGUAUGCUUCCAUUGGAGGGCAGGCAAGUGCAAUCGCCACCCUUGCCCUUUCCUCCACAGAGAGCUACCGCCACCACCGUCACAACAAGGUCUCAACGGAACGGCGUCGUCUAAGCGCCAUCACGCCUUUUCUGCUACCACCGACGGUCCAUCGGCUCGGAACCGGGGUCCAAAUAACUUCAAUGGCGGGGCUUCUUCGACGUGGGGCCGCACUGGAGGGACUAGGGUCUUUGUUAGGAAGAUGGAGAAAGUCUGUAAUUAUUGGGUUCAGGGGAAUUGUAGCUAUGGGGAUAAGUGUAAGUUCUUGCAUUGUUGGAGUAUGGGGGAUAGCUUCAGCUUAUUGACACAGCUUGAUGGGCAUCAGAAGGUCGUUAGUGGGAUUGCACUGCCGUCUGGCUCUGAUAAGCUUUAUACUGGGAGUAAGGAUCAGACUGUGAGGGUUUGGGAUUGCCAAUCUGGUCAGUGCCUGGGAGUAAUUAAUCUUGGCGGUGAAGUAGGUUGUAUGAUCAGUGAAGGUCCUUGGGUAUUUGUUGGUAUACCAGAUGUUGUAAAGGCAUGGAACACCCAAACUAACUCUGAACUGAGUCUUAGUGGGCCUGUAGGACAAGUUUAUGCCCUGGUUGUGGGUAAUGAUCUGCUCUUUGCUGGUACGCAGGAUGGUUCUAUAUUGGCAUGGAAAUUUAAUGCCGUUACUAAUUGCUUCGAACCAGCUGCAUCGUUGAAAGGUCACACUCUUGCAGUUGUUUCAUUAGUAGUUGGAGCAAAUAGGCUUUACUCUGGUUCAAUGGACCAUUCUAUAAGGGUUUGGAGCCUGGAAACAUUGCAGUGUAUACAAACGCUAACAGAGCAUACUUCAGUUGUGAUGUCUGUUCUUUGCUGGGAUCAGUUUCUUUUAUCAUGUUCUUUGGAUCAACAAUUAAAGGUCUGGGUUGCUACUCAAAGUGGAAACUUGGAAGUAACAUAUACUCACAAGGAAGAACAUGGUUUGAUUACACUGUGCGGGAUGCAUGAUUCAGAAGCCAAGCCCGUGUUGCUGUGCGCUUGCAAUGACAACACUGUCCGAGUCUAUGAUUUGCCAGCGUUUUCCGAGAGGGGUAAAAUUUUUUCAAAAGAGGAGAUAAGAUCAAUCCAGGUAGGCCCUGGUGGCUUGUUUUUCACGGGUGAUGGAACCGGUCAAACUGAUAUGAUGGGUUGGGGAGCUUUUGGAUUUAUAGAGGUAGGAGUUAGUCGCAUCAGCAGCAGCACUGUUCGCAGUCCGCCCUUUACUGUGUGCCAUGGACGUAAAGAAAGCAUCUUGGCCCAUGCAAAGUUGCGACUGACUGCGGGACAAAUCUCCUUAGAGAGCGAGCUUUAUGGAGCAUCUGUACGCGUUAAUGUUUUAGACUUUGGAGUGUAA